CGUUUAUCCAAUUAGGAACCCUAAAAUCCUUUUCUCUCCCAAACCAGCGGCCGCACAGCCGCUCCUUACCGUUCCUCUCAGCUCUCGCGAUCUUUGUAUGGAUAUCGUUGCAACCUCGCUGCCGGUCGACUAAUCGUUCUUCCGUCCAUCCGCCUCUCCUUGAGGCCAUCGCUCCUCCUUCUGCCUGUUGUGAACUCGUAGGUUAGUCUCUUUCCUGGGACACCAAGUUUCCACUGUCCAGCUGCUACAUCAUCGUCCUUCUUCUCUCCAACGGCGUCGCUCUUCUUCAACAUUGUCUCAACGAUAUUAGGUAGGAGACAUUGUUGCAAUAAAUGCCACCUCUUCGGCCUCCUCUGCCUCGAAUCCUGCUCAACAAUGUCUCUUGCAUGCGUAACGCACAGAUAAUCCUUAGACAUAUCAACGUUUCUGUCCAUGAUGGCACUGCCCUUGUGUUGACGGGUGCAAAUGGUUCUGGAAAGACAACCCUCCUUCGUAUGCUUGCUGGAUUCUCUCGCCCCUCGGGUGGGGAGAUCCUUUGGAAUGGACAUGACAUCACGUCUGCUGGAGUCUUCCAGCAGUACAAGCUGCAACUCAAUUGGUUAUCACUGAAAGAUGCCAUCAACGACAAGCUCUCUGUGUUGGAUAAUGUACAAUGGUUUGAAGUUCUCGAGGGGAAGUGUGGGAGAUCAUUGCCUGCGCUCGAGUUGAUGGGAAUAGGUAGGCUGGCAAAUGACAAGGCAAGGAUGCUUUCGAUGGGUCAGAGGAAGCGAUUGCAGUUGGCGAGAUUACUGGCACUUGACAGACCCAUUUGGCUGCUCGAUGAGCCAUCAGUUGCUUUGGACGAUGAAGGUGUCCGUUUGUUGGAGUAUAUAAUAGCCGAACACAGGAAGAAAGGUGGGAUUGUGUUCGUGGCAACCCAUCUGCCUAUCCAGAUCGAAGAUGCAAUGUCGCUUCGUCUUCCACCAAGAUUCCCGAGGAGGAUGACUUUCUUCGAUAUGGUCCGAUGAAUGUAAAACUUAUGUAUGUUUAUUUAGACUGAAUAAACAAUGGAAGGCAUAAACAUGUGUGUUAUGAUCGACUCAUCUCA